UUUUUUUUGAAUUGAUUAUUCACCUAAGUAUCGUUACUCUACGUAUACCGAAAGAUAUCGACACUUCCAAAUCGAUUUUUUUUUUAUAAAAUAAGGCGUCGUCUUUAUAGACGAAAAAAUAAUUCGAGCGUCUGAUUGUGUCAAAUAUAAAAAACAUAUUUCGAAAUGGCGUUAUCAGAUUUUGGACAAAUAGCCUUAAAAUGGGACCCAAAAAAUUUGGAAAUCCGUACAAUGUCUGUGGAGAAAACAUUAGAGCCUUUGGUAUUACAAGUGACAACACUAGUGAACACCAAAGGUCCUAGCAAAAAAAAAAAAGGAAAAUCAAAACGAGCUAGCGCACUAGUUGCAGCAGUUGAAAAAGCCACGGAAAACUUCAUUCAAAAAGGAGAACAAAUUGCGUAUGAAAAUCCAGACAUUACUCAGGAGAUGUUAUCAGCGGUAGACGAAGUGAGGAAAACUGGAGAUGCAAUGAGUCUGGCAGCAAGAGAAUUUUCAGAAGAUCCAUGCAGUUCAUUGAAACGCGGAAACAUGGUGCGGGCAGCUAGAAAUUUACUUUCUGCUGUCACACGAUUACUAAUAUUGGCUGAUAUGGUUGAUGUUCAUUUAUUGCUUAAGUCUCUUCAUAUUGUUGAAGAUGACCUCAAUAAACUGAAAAAUGCAUCUAGCCAAGAUGAACUCAUGGACAAUAUGAGACAAUUUGGUCGCAACGCUGGAGAACUUAUAAAACAAGCAGCAAAACGUCAGCAGGAGCUAAAGGAUCCUCAAUUGCGAGAUGACUUGGCUGCUGCUCGUGCAAUGCUAAAAAAACAUUCCACAAUGCUUCUAACCGCAUCCAAGGUCUAUGUUCGACACCCAGAAUUAGAUUUAGCCAAAGUCAACCGGGAUUUCAUUUUGAAACAAGUUUGCGACGCAGUAAAUACGAUUAGUGAUGUAGCACAAGGAAAAUCAUCACAACCUACUGAUGUUUACAGUGGCGCUGGGGAACUAGCUGCAGCCUUGGACGAUUUUGAUGAAGGCAUUGUAAUGGAUCCCAUGACUUAUAGUGAGAAACGGUCACGUCAACUGCUUGAAGAACGUCUCGAGAGUAUAAUCAGUGCAGCAGCAUUAAUGGCCGAUGCAGACUGUACGCGAGACGAGCGCAGAGAAAGAAUUGUAGCGGAAUGUAAUGCUGUGCGUCAAGCUUUACAGGAUCUUCUCUCUGAAUACAUGUCAAAUAUGGGCCAGAAAGAUAAUACAGCAGGACUGGAUCGCGCAAUUGAUCAAAUGUGUCGUAAAACGAGAGAUCUUCGCAGGCAGUUACGUAAAGCUGUUGUUGACCACGUGUCCGAUUCGUUCUUAGAAACGACAUCUCCUUUGAUUGACUUGAUUGAAGCUGCCAAGUCAGGGAAUGAAAAGAAAGUCAGAGAGAAAGCUGACAUAUUUACUAAACAUGCUGAAAAGCUUGUUGAAGUUGCCAAUCUCGUGUGCAGUAUGUCAAAUAACGAAGAUGGAGUAAAAAUGGUCCGAUACGCUGCGGCCCAAAUUGAAAGUUUGUGUCCCCAAGUAAUUAACGCAGCAUCAAUUCUUACGGUUCGACCUAACUCUAAAGUUGCCCAGGAAAAUAUGUCCGCUUAUCGACAGGCAUGGGAAGUGCAAGUUCGAAUUUUGACAGAAGCCGUUGAUGAUAUUACGACUAUUGAUGACUUUUUAGCUGUAUCGGAAAAUCAUAUUUUAGAAGAUGUCAACAAAUGUGUAAUGGCUUUACAAGUUGGCGACGCUAAAGAUUUACGUGAAACAGCGGGAUCUAUACAGGGCCGAUCGUCACGUGUAUGCAAUGUUGUUGAAGCUGAAAUGGAUAAUUAUGAACCAUGUAUUUACACCAAACGAGUCCUAGAAGCAGUCAAAGUUCUUCGAGAGCAAGUUAUGAUCAAAUUUGAGCAGCGAGUUGAUGCUGCCGUCGAAGCUCUAUCUACCAAUUCAAACAAAGAUGUUGAUGAAAACGAUUUUAUUGAUGCAUCGCGCUUGGUUUAUGAUGGAGUUCGAGAAAUUCGCCGUGCGGUGUUAAUGAAUAGAAGCUCAGAGGACUUGGAUACAGACACCGAAUUUGAACCAGUUGAAGAUUUAACGUUGGAAACUCGAAGUCGAUCGAGUGCACAUACAGGAGAUCAGACCGUUGACGAGUAUCCAGACAUUAGUGGUAUUUGCACAGCUAGAGAAGCAAUGCGUAAAAUGACAGAAGAAGAUAAGCAAAAGAUUGCCCAACAAGUCGAGCUAUUUCGAAGGGAAAAACUUACUUUUGAUUCCGAGGUCGCAAAAUGGGAUGACACCGGCAAUGACAUCAUUUUCUUGGCAAAACAUAUGUGUAUGAUAAUGAUGGAAAUGACAGAUUUUACAAGAGGUCGCGGCCCUUUGAAGACUACUAUGGACGUUAUCAAUGCUGCUAAAAAAAUAUCCGAAGCCGGCAAUAAACUUGAUAAGUUAACCCGUGAGAUAGCUGAGCAAUGCCCUGAAAGCAGCACUAAAAAAGACUUGUUAGCAUAUUUGCAACGUAUCGCAUUGUAUUGUCAUCAAAUUCAAAUAACUUCAAAGGUCAAAGCAGAUGUACAAAACAUUAGUGGUGAAUUGAUCGUGUCUGGGCUGGAUAGUGCCACAUCAUUAAUCCAAGCAGCUAAGAAUUUGAUGAAUGCUGUUGUACUCACUGUGAAGUACUCCUAUGUAGCUUCCACAAAAUACACCAGACAAGGCACCGUUACUUCUCCAAUUGUGGUAUGGAAAAUGAAAGCACCAGAAAAAAAACCAUUAGUGCGUCCUGAAAAACCUGAAGAAGUUCGUGCUAAAGUUCGAAAAGGAUCACAGAAAAAAGUGCAAAAUCCAAUUCAUGCGUUAUCUGAAUUCCAAAGUCCCGCAGAUGCUGUAUAAAGGCAGAUAUUUCGAACAAUUAUAAAAUAUAUAUAUUCCUAUCAAUACGUGAAUUUAAAAUAAAAAAUGUAUUUCUGCUGUUAACACACUCUAAAUUAUACUUAUAUGCUUCAUUAUCAGAAUUACAUAAUUUGUGUAGCGAUAAAUAAGUUAUGUAUACAGGUAGAAAAUAUUUCAUAAGUGCUUGCAUAUAUGAAGAUGCCUACAUAUGUCAAUAAUUUUUCAAUAUUAAAAAGGCAAGCUAAAAAAAAACAUUAUUAUGCUAAGUUAUACAUUUAAUUUUAAUUUUACUUUUUUCUAUUUAAAUUAUAUUCUUUGAACUUGAAAAUAUUUUACUGAAAAGUAAAU